CCUCCCCACGAGGACAUGCCUCUCGCAAAGGAUCUCCUUCAUCCCUCUCCAGAAGAGGAGAAGAGGAAACACAAGAAGAAGCGCCUGGUGCAGAGCCCCAAUUCCUGUUUCAUGGAUGUGAAAAGCCCAGGAUGCUAUAAAAUCACCACCGUCUUUAGCCAUGCACAGACAGUAGUUUUGUGUGUCGGCUGCUCUACCGUCCUCUGCCAGCCUACAGGAGGAAAAGCAAGGCUUACCGAAGGGUGCUCCUUCAGGUGGAAGCAGCACUAAAAGCCCCUGGAAUCAAGAUGAAUGGGAAACCAUCCCAAUAAACACAUUUUGGA